AGACUCCAAGUUUGCAGACCCCGAGUAUGCCUAACUUAUUUGUGAAUGAUAAUGAUGAAGUUCCAUCAGAAGAGCUUAUGCUAACACCAUCAACCGAGGAGCCUCAUUUUCAGAACGAUCAAGCAAAUGUUGAACCUCAGGAAGCAUUAGCAGAUCCAAGGUGGACUAAAGCAAUGAAUGAAGAAAUGAAGGCUCUUAAAAAGAACUCAACUUGGAAGCUAGUGUCGUUGCCUGAAGGAAAGAAAUCAGUUAGAUGCAAAUGGGUAUACACCAUAAAACUUAAAGCCGAUGGAAGUAUCGAUAGGUAUAAAGCAAGGCUAGUAGAAAAAGGUUACACACAAAAGUAUGGAGUUGAUUAUCAAGAAACGUUUAUCACUAGUAGCUAAGCUUAAUAUUGUUUGGAUCCUCAUAUCAGUUGCAUCAAAUCGAAAUUGGCCAUUACGGCAGUUUGACGUAAAGAACGCUUUCCUGAAUGGAGACAUGGAGGAAUAAAUAUUUAUGGAGAUGCCACCUGGUGUUAACUAUAGAUAUGUACCUAAAGGUAAUGUAUGUAAAUUGAAGAGAUCAUUGUAUAGGCUUAAACAAUCACCUACAGCCUGGUUUGGGAGAUACAUCAUCAAUGAAGUUAGUUGGUUACAGGCAACGUAACUCUGACCAUACUUUAUUUAUUAAAACCAAAUGAGGAAAGAUCACAACAUUGAUAGUGUAUGCAAAUGAUAUGGUCUUGACUGGUAAUGACACUGAAGAAAUAGAGAAGCUACAGAAGUAUUUGGCCACCAUGUUUGAAAUGAAAGACCUCGGACAACUACAAUAUUUUCUCGGUAUUGAAGUGUCACGAUCAAAUCUGGGAAUUUCUCUAUGCCAACGAAAGUAUGUGCUGGAUUUGCUGACUAAAACUAGGAUGUUAACCUGCAAACUAGUUGAAACACCAAUGGAGAUGCACCAUUUGCUUGAAAUUUAUUUUGACCAAAGUCUGGUAGAUAUAGGUCGCUAUCAACGGAUAGUGGGAAAGUUGAUCUAUCUAACACACACUAGGCCAUAUAUUGCAUAUGUUGUGAGCAUGGUAAGGAAAUUUAUGCAUGCUCCAAAUGAAGAACACAUAAGAGCGGUCUAUCGAAUCUUGAAAUAUCUGAAAGAUGCACCUGGAAAAGGGUUGUUGUACUCAAAUAAUGAAGCCUCUACCAUUGAAGGUUACACCCACGUUGAUUGGGCAGGAGAUCGUUCAACCAAAAAAUCUACUUCAGGAUAUUUUAUGUUUGUAGAAGGCAAUCUUGUCAUCCGGAGAAGCAAGAAACAAAAGGUUGUUGCUCGGUCAAGUGCGGAAGUAGAGUUUCGAGGUAUGGCACAUGGUUUGUGCGAAUUGUUAUGAAUUAAAGGUGUGCUAUAAGAUCUUAGAAUUGAGCGUUCAAGGCCUAUAAUUUUAUUUUGUGAUAACAAAGCUGCAAUCCAGAUUGCUCGAAACCAGUACAACAUGUUCGCACUAAACACGUCGAAAUUGACUGUCAUUUUAUCAAAGAGAAGAUGGAUCAAAAGAUUAUUCAGUUUCCAUUUGUCAAGUCAGAAGGACAACUUGCAGACAUCCUUACAAAAGCAGUCUCGUGACGGAUAUUUCAUGGAGUUAUUGACAAGUUGUACAUGAUAGAUAUCCAUGCACCAACUUGAUGGGAGUGUUAGCGGGGUUAUAUGAGUAUCAACAUGAUUGUAGUAAACCAUGAUUAUAGGAAUCCAUAAAAAUUGCAGUACAAUAAUUAGAGGGAUCCAUAAUUAGUGAAUAUAUAUAUAUCUUAUUACCUUGUAUGUACAGGUUUUCUUGAAUAGAUAGAAGUUCUGCUAUGCAGAUACAUCUAUAUAUAUAUAUGUACCUGAUCGCGAUGAGAAAUACAUAAGAAAGAAUUCAUUCACCAAACUAAUUCUUUCAGCGCAACAAUAUCCAUCAAAUAAGCUGAACAUGAUUAAUGCUUGCCGAAUUGCCAGAUGGAUGAGAUGUCUUUCAAGAGACACUUCAAUCUGUU